CCGCGGGGGGAUGCGCAGGGCAGCCCCGGGGAAAAACCGGGCGGUGGGGAAAGCGCAGAAAACCCCACCCCGACCUCACACCAAAAAAAAGCGUCGCGGUACAUUUCUGCAGCUUGAGAUGAUCGUCUUAAAAACGCUGCCCGCAGAGCCGGGAGUCGCCCCUCUGGAGCUGACCCAGCCCGAGAGGGAAGGAUUUGGAGAUUGAAGUGGAUUUUUUACACACGUGCGGUGUCCCCGCACCCCCCGCGUCACAUUUUAAUUGAACGGAGCCGCGGGUUGCAGAGCUGAGAACGAGCGUGGAUGCUGGAGCUGAAUUUGGUGUAGCACUUGGGGAGGGGAGUUUUUACGAAACGUGGAGGGGGGGAUUUACCGCGGCAACAGUAAGUUUCUCCGUGGUCGCCUGAUUAGUUAAAAAUUAAGUACGCGCUGUGUGUUGGCAGACAGUCCUAAGCAAUGACCGGGAGCAAUCUUAAACCGUAACACUUCAUGAUUAUUUUCUUCUUUUCCUAGGGGAUUCUAAAGCCUGAGGUAUUGCCGCCACGUAGGGCUCUCAGCAUUGCAGAGUGUUCGCUGCUUAAUGAAUGUUUGUAAAGGGAUUUUCAUUCCCGCUGAGCAUCAGUGGGAGCAGCCAGAGCUCAGGGAAUCAGCUCACCCGUGCAUUUUCUUUUGCAAAGAAUUUCUGGCAGAAUUCAGCAGCCCUACUGUGUUGACGUAGUGCACAGGAUAAAAUUCCUUGCUGAUGCAGUUGCUCAGGUGAAGCAUGCUUCUGGAGUUUAUGAUUAUGUGCAUGAAACUCGAGAAAGAGAUAGGAAAAGCAUUCAGCAGCCUCUCCAUGAGCAACAGAAAUGGUCCUUUCAAGACUUUUUCCUGCCCAUUGAUGGACUCCAGAGGGAUGGAACAUGAGGCUACCCAGCUAGAAAAGCAGCACGUGCACAGUGUGUAUGAAAAUACUGCUGCCUACUUUAGUGAUCUGCAGACCAAAGCAUGGCCUCGUGUUCGGAACUUUCUGCUGGAACAGAAGCCUGGCAGUCUCGUUGUUGAUAUAGGUUGUGGAACUGGAAAGUAUCUCAGUGUCAACAGUCAGGUGUAUAAUCUGGGCUGUGAUUACUGUGAAGGACUGGUAGAAAUUGCAAGGAAGAAAGGUGAUGAAGUUCUGGUGUGUGACAACCUUAACCUUCCCUUUAGGGAUCAGUGCUUCAAUGCAGUCAUUUCAAUUGGAGUGAUACAUCAUUUCUCAACUAAACAAAGGAGAAUCAAAGCAAUAAAGGAAAUGGCAAGGAUAUUGAUACCCGGAGGCCAAAUAAUGAUUUAUGUUUGGGCUAUGGAACAAAAGAAUCGUCGCUUUGAGAAACAAGAUGUAUUUGUUCCAUGGAACAAGGCCUUGUGCUCACGCCAUUUUUCAGAAUCAAAUCAAUCUGGAGAUAAGGCUGGGUUUGUCCAUACUGCAAAAGGCCAAGACAUACACCCUGCAAAGCUUGUCAUCUCUGAGUGCAGCUACCAAAACAAUCUGCAGCCAGAAACUGAUUCAAAACAUCCCCGCAGUAUGGACCAUUGCUUACCCAGAGCCUGCUGCAUGAAAAUUUCUGAGGAAGAAAACAGAUUUUACAGUGCUUUAGGAAGAUCUUUCCGCUCAUGGUUUUUCUCCAGAUCCCUUGAUGAAUCAGCCCUGAGAAAGCAAAGUGACAAAAUGAAGCACCUGAAACAUGAAGGAGUGUGGGCCAACAGCGCCGUACCCAUUCAACAUUCACGACACUGCAGUUUGGAUUUAGGUCACCAUGGAGCACUAUUAAAUGAACAGAGUUUAGAUGAUGAUGAUGAUGUGUUUGUGGAAAGCUUGUCUCUCAAAAAACCACAGUGGUCGCCAGCCACAGAUGCACCGAAGGAUUUAAGUUUAAAUGGAGGACACCAAAAUGUAGCUCAGAGCAAGGGGGACAAAUCUUCAUUUAUAAAUGGCCCAGUGGAAGACAGGGACUGCAUCUGUGGUUGUAAUAAAGAUGGUGCUGGUAAGUCUGAUGCCAGCAAGUUUUUCAAAAGAACUUCAACAACUGACUCCACUGACUCAGCUUUGGAUUCAGCAGUGUCUGUUGGGGACCAAACGGAUGCCAUGUUGGAUCCAAAGGCCUUCAUGCGUUAUUACCAUGUUUUUCGGGAAGGGGAACUGAGUUCUCUGGUAGAAGAGAAUGUGCCUGAGCUUCAGAUACUUUCAUCCUGCUACGACCAUGGAAACUGGUGCAUUAUUGCAGAGAGAAGAGGAACAUAGCUAUAAAGAGAACAAAGCAGAAUCCAGUGACUGGGGAUUUUAAGCUCUUCCUUGUGUUACUGUGAUUGUGCAGUGUGACAUGGAAUUUGAAUAAUGUAGUUGUGUGCCAUUCAUUUUUGAGUUAUUAUCUCUUAACUAUUUAACUAGCUAAUGCAAGGUCUGUAUAUAGGAAUGUAAGUGGUAGGCAAUAUUUAUGUUUUGUUAAACUUUUAUGAAGUUAAAACUGUAGAGUUUUAUACUGCUGUUAGCAAAUAAUUGUGUUUUAAAAUAUACUUUUCUAUUGAGAAAUAAACCUUUUUAUAAAACAAGGAUCAGGGCAUCUUUUAUGAGAAAUAUCCUAGACUAGAAAGUCUAGUCUUUCUUCUUCAGAUGCCAGAAGUUUGUCACAUUGCUCCCUAUUCUUGAAGUCCUAUAAAUGAGGCAUAGACACUAUGUUUAAAAUUGUACUUGACUGCACACUGGUAGAGUGCAUACAGCAGAACUGGGAGCAAGCAUGGUCCCAGUGCUCCUUAGUUGGGAGUAGAGUUAUUAAUGGGCAAAAAACUGUGUACCAAACAAGCUCUGCAUAUUCUGUCAUUUGAUGUUUGUAUUUGGGAGUAAAUGACAGCACAGAUUUUGGACAGUAUUUUUUACUUUUGUUUUUAAAAUAAUUUAAUUUGUUUCUCAGGUGCAGGUGAAGUUUGAUGUGUUAGCUCUCACAAACACAUUAUCUUAAUUUCCUUUGCUGUAGAUUUUCAUUGGCUAUGUAUAGAUAAAAGUCAGAGGGAUUUGUGAGAGUGUGAAUAUUAUGUAAAGUUCUAAAAUAGCAAAUCCUUGAAAUACAUAUAUCUUUUUGAUAAGCCUGGGAAGCUAAGAUUAAAUUAAUAAAAAUGCAGUGCAUAUCUGGUC